CACCGAGUCAGCGCUACGUGCUUUAAAGAUGGCGGCACGUGUGAGUGUGGGAUCUGAUGUUUUUAGUAGCCUCAAGUUUGUGAUUUGAAGUUCUGUAUAUGGGAAGACGUUAAACGUCAGGUUUCCGUAGAUCGCUCAGACUCGCGCUCUCUGUCGUUCAUAUAGACGGGGAUGUGAUCGCUCACCGCGCUUGGAGAGGUAGAGUUGGUGGCCAGUUUGGCAUGCUAAAACUGACAGCUGUAAGCAGCUAACUGUUAGCUGUUCACAUACACUUAAGGGCAUCGUUCACGAAAACUUCAGCAAAUGUGACCUGCACUUCCAAAACUACGAGACCAGCGGGUGGUAACCUGCUUACGUUAGUCAGAACCACAGCCUUAGGUGCUUUGCCAUUGGUCACUCACUGAAUGCUUCUGCUUCCAUCAACUACAUUAACACCUUACGACCUCCUUAUUUAAACCAGUCUUGUGUGUUAAGUAGACUUCACAUUGCUUUUAUUUACUUUGCCUAGCACCAGCAGCAUUUUGAAGCCCGUAAAACCAUUUUAAUAAAUUACUCGCGGUAAGUUAGUAGUUUUGACAGGACAGGAUUAAAGCCCCGAAUGACUGACAUUUUUCAUGGUGUAAUUAAUUUUUUGGUUUGCGGUUAUUUUUCCAAUAUUAUUUUGCGGUAGUAAUAUGCUAUCCCGAGCUUUAAGCAAAUCUCUUUCCUAUGGAAAUCCACUAGUGGCGGGUUUCACUGGGAGCUGUUGUAGUCGUGUGUGUUUUCAUCAGACCGCCGUGUGUAAAGUUUCCUCGCGAGCUGAACGCGGCUUCAGACCGGCGAAGGUGGCUGUUGUGACUAAAACCACACGAUAUGAAUUCGAGCAGCAGAGAUAUCGCUAUGCGGGACUGUCAGAGGAGGAUCUCAAACAGCUGCUUGCCCUGAAAGGAUCCAGUUACAGUGGGCUUCUGGAGAGACACAAUAUACACACCAUCAAUGUUGGACAGAUUGUGGACAGCCUACAAAAAGAAGGAAUUGAGGUGCGCAUUGUCAAAAGAGGCGAGUAUGAUGUGGACACCGUGCGAUGGGCCGAUGCCAUCAUCUCUGCUGGAGGUGAUGGCACCAUGCUGCUAGUUGCCAGUAAAGUGUAUGAUAAGAACAAACCUGUAUUUGGGGUCAAUACAGACCCGGAAAGGUCAGAGGGUCACCUGUGUUUACCUGUGCACUAUACACAUGCCUUUUCAGAGGCCUUACAGAAACUCAGGAAGGGUGAGUUCAGGUGGCAGUGGCGUCAGCGCAUCCGUAUGUACUUGGAGGGCACUGGGAUCAACCCGACUCCAGUGAACCUGCAUGAGCUGCAGCUGAGCCUGGAGCAGCACAAGAAGGCGCACCGCAUCACUACAGACACUCAGAGCAGUAUGACACAUAACAGUCCUGAAAGGCCUCAUCUGCUUCCUGUCCGAGGGCUCAAUGAGAUCUUCAUUGGGGAGUCCCUGUCCUCCAGGUUGAAGUAUAAAUCCUUCAAACCUCAUCUUACCCUCUCGCUUCAUAGGGCUUCAUACUAUGAAAUCUCCAUCGACGACGGGCCGUGGGAGAAGCAGAAGAGCUCAGGCCUUAGCAUUUGCACUGGAACUGGAUCUAAAGCCUGGUCCUACAAUAUUAAUAAGCUUGUGGAGCAGGCAGUGGAGGAUGUCCUUAGAAUAGGUAAAUUAAAAACCGGUUUGGAUGUUCCUCUAAAUCGGGAGUUCAUUGCGAGUGUGACUGAAACAUACAACGAAUCCCUGAUCUUCAGCCCAGAGGAGGACAAGCUUUACUUCAGUAUAAGAGAGCCGAUAGUCAACAGGGUAUUUUCCAAUAGCAGACAAAGAGGUUUUGCCAAAAAGGUUUGUGUCCGCUCAAGGUGUUGGGAUGCCUGCAUGGUGGUGGAUGGUGGGACGUCCUUCGAGUUUAAUGAUGGUGCCAUUGCUACAAUCAGCUUAAAUGAGGAGGACCUGUUGCGAACAGUCAUUCUUGAUUAAAAACUCUUUAUUUAUUGAGGACUGAAUGAUUGUCUUUAAGGCCAGACUUUGAUGGGACAGUGGGUACUUUAAGAACUGAGUUUUAAGGGAUGACGGGGUUUGCAGAUGAAAUGUAUAUUUAUAGUCAGUUAUAUUAGUAUAUAUACCAAUAUAACUUACUUAAAUGACCCUCUAGUUUGCAGCCUUCAGAAAUAACAUUAAAACACUUUUCCCACCCAGA